AUGAUAAUAGCACGGAAAAAGCUGCAAAUUCAAAGGUUAUGGCGGCAAAGGUGGGUUAAUUUUUGAAAAAUCUGGUGGAAAUGACCGUAUUUCAGAGGCUGCCGCGUGGGGACGUACAUCUGCCUUGGAGUGCUCGUUUUGUUCGGAUUUGUCUACAACAACAACGGAAAGGUUAGUAUAUUCUUAUUUUCACCUGAAAUUCUGGAAAAAUUCAGACUGGAAUGUCGUCGGCCGAUUCAAACAGUGCGGCGCUGAAAUUCGAUGAGGAUUUGAGCAAUCGCGAGUUGCCAGGAGGUCCAGAUCCGAAUACCAUCUACCGCGCUGAUCAGCUCGGAAACUAUGAGCCAAAGACACCGGAAGUACCGUCAAAUCAGCCGGGAGAGCACGGAAGGCCCGUUCCAGUGACGGACGAAGAGGGAAUGGCGGCCGGAAGAGCCGCGGAGCGAGAGUUCGGAUUCAACACCUACGUCUCCGACAUGAUUUCGAUGAAUCGAACUAUUCCGGACAUUCGACCGAAGGAAUGCAAGCAUUGGGACUACCCGGAGAACUUGCCGACCGUCUCUGUUGUCAUUGUAUUCCAUAACGAAGGAUGGACUCCGCUUCUUCGAACCGUCCAUUCGGUGCUCCUUCGCUCACCGCCAGAGCUUAUCGAACAGAUUGUCAUGGUUGACGACGAUUCAGAUAAACGUAAGACAUCAAAUUUUCUCGACAGACAACAAUAUAUGUUUCAGAACAUCUGAAAGAGAAGCUGGACAAAUACGUGACUCGCUUCAAUGGAAAAGUGAUCGUAGUGCGAACCGAGCAACGAGAAGGACUCAUUCGCGCUCGUUCGAUCGGAGCAAAGCACUCGACCGCAGAAGUCGUUCUUUUCCUCGAUGCGCAUUGCGAAGUGAACACCAACUGGCUCCCGCCGCUGCUAGCGCCCAUCAAACGCAAUCGCAAAGUGAUGUCGGUGCCGGUCAUCGACGGAAUCGACUCGAACUCGUGGGAAUACCGCAGCGUGUACGGCAGUCCGAACUCGCAUCACAGUGGCAUUUUCGAAUGGGGACUUCUCUACAAAGAGACGCAGAUCACCGAAAGAGAGACGAGCCAUCGCAAGUACAACAGCCAGCCGUUCCGAUCGCCCACGCACGCCGGCGGCCUGUUCGCCAUCGAUCGUCUCUGGUUCCAAGAGCUCGGCUAUUACGACGAAGGACUGCAGAUCUGGGGCGGAGAGCAGUACGAGUUGAGCUUCAAGAUCUGGCAGUGCGGCGGCGGAAUCGUGUUCGUGCCGUGCUCGCACGUCGGCCACGUCUACAGAUCUCACAUGCCGUACAGUUUUGGUAAACUGGCCGGAAAACCCGUCAUUUCUAUUGUAAGUUUUGAGAGCGUGUUUUGUGCGAAACGUGUACGACCUUGCAGAACAUGAUGCGAGUGGUGAAAACGUGGAUGGACGACUACGCAAAGUACUACCUGACCCGCGAACCGCAAGCGGCGCACGUUGACCCCGGAGACAUCUCCGCUCAGUUGGCUCUCCGCGAUCGUCUCCAAUGCAAAUCGUUCAAAUGGUACGUGGAAAACGUGGCGUACGAUGUGCUCAAGAGUUACCCACUUCUGCCGCCGAACGACGUCUGGGGAGGAGCGAGAAAUGCGGCGACGGGCAAGUGUCUCGACCGAAUGGGCGGCAUUCCGGGACCACUCGGAGCGAACGGGUGCCACGGAUACGGAGGGAACCAGCUGCUUCGUCUGAACGUCGAAGGACAACUGGCGCAGGGCGAGUGGUGUCUGACGGCGAACGGAAUCCGAGUGCAGGCGAAUCACUGUGUGAAGGGGACCGUCAACGGAGCAUGGGUCUAUGACAGAGUAGGAUAUAGUUUACGAGAAACGCAUUGUGAAAUGAAACAACUGUUUAGAACUCGCAACAAAUUUUGCACAAACAAAAGCGAAUGUGUCUGACGGUGGGCGAAGAAGGAUCGGACGUCCUUCUGCAAGUGUGCAGCGAUGACAAUGAACGACAAAAGUUCGUAUGGAAAGAGUUCUACCAAUCCAGCUAG